AUGUACAUCAACUCGCCUGGAGGAUCAGUCUCGUCAGGACUUGCAAUCUACGAUACAAUGACAUACAUCAAGUCGCCUGUCUCGACAGUAUGCCUCGGCGCCGCGUCUUCCAUGGCUGCGCUGCUCCUGACGGGAGGCGAGGCUGGCAAGCGUUACGCACUCCCUCACAGCUCCGUCAUGAUCCACCAGCCCCUCGGCGGCACCCAGGGCCAGGCGUCGGACAUCCUCAUCUACGCGAACCAGAUCCAGCGCAUCCGCAGACAAAUCAACGAGAUCAUGAGGCGCCACAUCAACCAGUCCUUUGAGCAUGAGAAGUUCAACCUGGAGGAGGUCAACGACAUGAUGGAGCGCGACAAGUACCUGACCGCCGAGGAGGCCAAGGAGAUUGGCGUGAUUGACGAGAUUCUGACGCGCAGGGAGGAGAAGGACAAGAAGGAGGAGGGGUCGGCGGAGGAGCAGAAGACGAAGCCAUAG